AUGCUCAGGAUGACACAGAUGAGUACAGUGCUGAGCUUUUUUGUCUUGUUUCUUCAAAUCACUUUUGGGGAAAGUGGCUGCACCUCAGCAGAUGGUGAUGGGACAUUUGGGGAUGAUGAAUCAGACAGUUUUGACACCGACUGCUUCAGCCAGCUGGAAUUUAAAGAUUCCUAUAGCAGCCUGACCUGCAAUUUUACCGAGAUGGAGCCUCAUAACACUAAUUUUACCCUAGCCCUGUGUACCAAGGAAGAUGGCAAUUACCUGUGCUUUGAUAUGGAGAAACAGGAGGAUGUGUAUUUCUUACAAUUCACUGAUAUACUCUCAAAUAAACACAUAUGUAUGUAUGCUGAGAUGAAGAGAAAACUCUGCAAGAGUCUGGUUGUAACUGACAUUGUUAAACCUGAAGUACCAUUCGAUAUAAACAUCACAUACCAAAAGGAAGCAAACGAAUACCUUAUUAAUUAUAAUACACCACACUCGUGGAAGAAAUACUUAAGGGAGAAAUUAGUACACCAAGUAGCCUACCGGCAGGAAGAAGGUGCUUGGAAGACAAUAGAGUCACCAUACCUUCAGGUGAAAUUACUGGGGAAGAACCUCGAAAACAACGCAUCGUAUGAGGUGAAAGUACGUUCACAGCCCAAUGGAGAUUAUUUUAAGGGCACAUGGAGUGAAUGGAGCGCUUCCAAGAGCUUCAGGACUGCAAGGGAGCAGCACUUCAUGGAGAGCUACAGUAACGUGGUUGUGGUUAUACUCUCCAUCCUGGGAUUCAUGCUGUUCAUUGUCAUGAUUGUCCUGAUCAUAAUCUUUUGGAAAAGCAGGAUCAAGCCUGCUGUGUGGCCAAACCUUCCUGAUCAUAAGAAAACUCUGGAGCAGCUAUGCAAGAAACCAAAAAACAAUUUUGACAUAAGCUUUAACCCAGAGAGUUUUGGUCAUGUUCAUAUCCAUAAAGUGGACGGCAUUCAGGCAAAAGCUGAACUGGAAAAUUUUCUGCAGCCAUCAACUGCUCCAGAAGCAAACUCACCAGAAAAAUUUAGCAGUCUACCAGACUUGAAGAUGAUCCUUGCAACAACAGACAAGAGCAACCUAAACCUGUCUGUGACCUAUGGAGGAAUCUGUCCAGCUGAAGCCUUGCACAAGCUCCUGGACACCAGCCAGCUUGCAGUCACUGAAGGAAACUGCAGCUCCAGUACAUACGAGGUGUGCCACAGCAGAGGUGUGCCCCUGUGCAACGACAGUGUCAACCUUCCUUCCCCUCCUCCCUCAGAUCCGUCUGCCCAACCUGGACCAGAGCCCCUGAACAACGACACUGUAUCUCAGAUGCUGCGUACCAGUGAAAUGCGGUCAACAAACAACGAGGAAGCUUAUGUCACAAUGUCUAGUUUCUACAAAAUUCAGUAAACCUUACAGGAAAGACAGGACCAUUUCUUUUUCUGACAUGAGCAGGACAUCGAAGCUUUCAGUUUUGUUUUCCUGCAUCCUGUGAGUUCCCACCUCUGCAACACACCCUGCUCGCUGUGCAACGCUGUACCUGCAAGGAAGUGGGUUCUGCCAUGUUUCACUGAUAAGUGGCCAACCACCAGCUCUCUAUACAAUGGGAGCAAUCUCCACUGCAGAAGGAAUUAAAUUUAAUUCAACAUGACUUUAAUCUUCAGAUCUGAUUAAUUCAGA